AUGGUUCCCUUGGCAUUGGGCCUAGGGAUUGCAGUGGCCAAAUCCCUUGCCAUUGCUAUAUGGACUGCCAUCAUUGCUCCAUUCCGUGGUCAAAAUGGGGCCGCCAUAGCCUACAAGCAUAUUGCAUUGUCUUUUACGCGCACCCUCUUUCAAAAUGCAUCCAUGGAGCAGCUUCAACUUGUUCUUCCCCCCGCUUCCGCUCAGAAAAGUUACGAAGCCCACAUGAGACAACAAAAAGCCUCGCCCUACAUACUCGUUCUUCCUGAAGAUACAACGGCAUUCUGGCUGGGUAAUCCUGCUGCUGAAAAGUUGAUCAUCUACUUUCCCGGUGGCGGCUACUGCCUCCCUGCGCUACCGGGCCACUUCAGCUUUCUCGAAGCUCUCUCCACGGAUCUAGAACAACAUGGCAAAAGCGUCGGUGUGCUAUUACUUGCCUAUGAACUUGCCCCCCAAGCCCGAUGGCCUCGUCAGUUGCAACAGGCCGUUAUCAUCCUACGAUAUGCCAUCCAGACACUGGGGAAACGACCGUCAGACAUUAUUCUUCAAGGUGACUCUGCGGGCGCUCAUCUUGCACUUGCGCUACUAUCACAUCUCGCUCACCCGCAUCCUCAAGAGAUCGUACCGAGAUUUUCGGUUGAUGAACCCCUCAGGGGAACGGUGUUGUUGUCCCCUUGGGUUGAUUUUAGAACUGAUCACCCGAGCUCCAGUGAAAACGCGGGUAGAGACGUUAUAUCGGCUCGGGCUUUGAAUAGCUGGGCACGGAUAUUUCUGGGUCAGACCGUGGAAGAUGAGUACAACUGCCCCGCCAAAGCCCCAGCGGGCUGGUGGAGAGACCUUCCUGUUUCAAGAAUUUUUGUUGGCGCGGGAGGAGACGAAGUCCUGUUGGAUCCGAUUAGACGGACGGCCGAGAAGAUGAAGGCUGAACUUCCCGGCGUGAGCAUUAGUAUUGUGCCACGAGAAUUCCACGUCGAGCCGAUCACGGACUUCGCUUUGAAGAUACACCCUGGAUCGCAGUUCAAGGCGAUCGUGUCAUGGUUAAACCAGACGUUUUUACAAUGA